AUGUCGAGGUACACGUCCUCCUAUACUCCGUCUUCCCGCUAUGAUCGGGGAGAUUAUAGUUCGUCUAGCUAUUUGAGUGGUUCCCGAAGAACACCAUCUACUAGAUCUUCCACAACAUCUUCGACUUAUACUCCAAGAUCUUAUGAUUCGAGUACUAAUCCAUAUUCGAGUUAUACCUCAAAAUAUGGGGAUUAUUCCUCUUCGAAAUAUUCUUCUUCUGCGAAAAGUAUAGAUUUUUCUGAUUCAGAUUCUCUGUCAAAUUCAUUUUCCCACCAAAAAAAUUUUUUUUCCAGAAACCAUGGAAGACUCAACCGCUCCAAUCGUUCAAGACGAAGUCAAAGAACUUGAUUACGAGAUCGUUCCACCGACUGAAGUCUUGCAAGAAAGUCAAAUCGAAGAGUUUGAUGAGGAGAAACAAGUUGAGCCUGAAGUCGAGGAAGCUGAAGAGGAUUUUGAGGAGCAAAAUGUUGCUGAAGAAGUUGUCGAUGAGGAAGAGCAAGUUGAGGAAGAGGCUGAGCCAGAACCGGAGCCAAUUCGUGAGCCAACUCCGGAGCCGCAGGUAGUGAAGGUGCAAAAGGUUGCACCGGUUGAUGAGAAUCGGACACCAAGUCCGACUGUUUUGAAUGCCAAGGUUAGUUGAAAACAAAUCAAUUCUCAGAAAAAGUUCGAAAUUUUUCAGAAACUUGGAGGAAUUCCAUGGCCACCAAAAGAUGAGGAUGAACAAAUCGAGAGCAAGAAAAACAACAAUAUCGACACUGAAAAUGUUCCAAAAAGUAAAUUUAUCUCUUCUCUUUUAUCAAAUCUUGAAACCUCUAUUGUUCCAGAACGCGUUUCCGAUUUGAUCGCCAGAUUCAAUCAAGGAAAAGUUGACAACGAAGCCAAGAAAAAUGAUUCAAGCUAUAAAUCGGAAUAUGGAGCUGGAACAAAUGUUGGAAAAGUUGCCACACACAAUUUCGCCUAA